GCGAACGUCGUUUCGUUGAUGCCCCGAGGAUGAUUUUCAUUCAGGACUUCUCUCAGUGACUCCGAAGCGCGUUAACGCGGAUGAUCUCGCUUGUUGAUACGCGACGAUAAAGUGAAUUUUCGUACGUACGUUGAACUCGAGAUCUCGGUUUCCGAAAGGUAGAGAUUACAUUUACACGCGAAUUACUUAUCAUAUUAUUCAUAACUGUCGCCGAAUCCUAAUCCGUACAUAAGGAAAUGCGACGAGAGUCAACAAAUUUCUCCCGGACUUUGAGCCUUCAAAAGUGAAAUUUCGACAAAGAAAAGAAAGAAGACGUUCUUCUUUUUUCUUUCUUUAAUUGAUACAGGUUACUAUUUCAUUCGAUAAGAAAAAUUUAUAAAACAAUAGUUGCAAUUUAUGUUUCAUAGUUGCAAGGAAUAAAUGUAUUUAUGUUGUUUGUACAUUAAUGCUAUCUAUGUUUUUAAAUUGUUUAUGAAACUAAGGUAAAUAAAAUAGAAAUUGUAGUGAUUUUAGCGUUUGUUGAGAGUUUUCAUAUUUGUUCAUAAUGAAUUUCUUAUUAAAAGUUCUUCCUAUUCUUUUAAUCCAAAUCAAGUGCUAAGACUAAAAUAGGAAUAAAAAGGGGGAUGAAAAAGUCAAAUUAAAUCUAUAAAAAUUAAAUUUAUAAAAAUAAUUAAAAAUGAAAUAUUUUCUAAAAGUAUAAUAUCCUCUUUUCUCGUUAUAUUUCCUCGGUCAACUUACUUUUAUAAAUUUGUAAAAGAAAGCUGUGUGAAAACAUUGAAACUUCUCGAUCAUUUACAGAAACUGUAAAGAAAAAGACACUAAUUUUUUUUAGCUUUUUGUAAUACUAAUUAUAACUUAAACUGGUUACACAAUAAAUGUAGUCUUUUGGACUGAACACAGUGAAAAUUGAUAAAUAUAAUCUUCCAUUCAAGUAUCACAACUCAGUCGUUGAAUCAUUUGUGUCCAAAACAAGAACGAGCGAGUGACGAGAAAUGCCAGGAAUCUUGUUGAUCUCGUGAUGAAUUGCCAAAGUAACUGUGAUCUUGUUUUUUUGGUGACACUCUUGUUCCUCACACAUACCGCGAAGAGUACUUAGUAACAUGGAAGAGAAUAUCUGUAUGGAGGAAGAAUGCCUGAUCGAAAGGAGAAGGACGACCGCCCUAAAGGAGUGCAAAGAAAUAAUACAGGAAGAAAGAUCCGGCCGCUACAACAAGGAGACCUUUAGGAAACUUUUUCACGAUCAGGUUCUUCUUGGCAAAUUAUUUAUACUGUUCGAUCAAGACCGUGACGGAUUACUAAAGCAGGAUGAAUGGCUUGAAUUUCUCAAGGGGAGACUGACAAACGAGAAGCAAAAUGAUUUCAUUGAUCAAAUCGAAAGUGUGGCAUAUGUGCUAUGCGGAGAGAAUCCAAUAAAUCUCUCCAAUUUUCAGCAGAUCUUUUAUACCAAAGGGAUUGUCGAUAAAUUAUUUCGAUUAAUUGAUCAAGAGAAUUCAGGAUACGUAACGUCUGCCCAAAUCAUGGAGACCAUAACUGGCGUGAGUAAUCCCAGACCGCGUGCUGGUUUCGAUAAAGGGAAUCUCGAGUGGCUGGAAAAAAUAUUUAAGCAGACUGUUGGAAACGAGAGGGAAAUACGUCGAGAGGAAUUCAACACGAUCGUCAUUUCGAAAAACCCAUUUUUUACUGAGAGAGUCUUCCAAAUAUUUGAUAAGGAUAACUCUGGCACAAUUUCACUACAGGAAUUUUUAGACGCUAUGCAUCAAUUUGCUGGAAAGUCUCCAAACGAUAAGAUUAGAUUUCUCUUUAAAGUUUAUGAUAUCGAUGGCGAUGGAUUAAUACAACUUCGCGAGUUGGAACACGUGAUGAGAGCUUGUAUGGAAGAAAACGGAAUGAAGUUUAGCGACGAACAAAUUGAAGAUCUGACACUUGCACUUUUUGAGGAUGCUGAUCAAGGCAACAGAGGAGCAAUUACUUUUGAAGCUUUAAAAAAGCAAUUAGAAAAACACGAUGGUUUAUUGGAAAAUCUCUCCAUUAGCAUAGAUCGAUGGUUGGUACCACCGCAGCCACAACCAAAGCAAAAAUCCAUUUUGAAAGAAUUUUCAUCCUUUCUUCCAUAUCAACUUACAAAGCCAUACAUGAAGAACAAUUAUAUGUAUAUUGCCUUUAUUUCGAUAUUUAUGCUUAUCAAUAUGGCUCUUUUUGUUUCUCGUCUCUAUGAGUAUCGACAGAACCAUGUCUAUGUGAUGUUCGCACGUGCAUGCGGACAAUGCCUGAACUUUGAUUGCACAUUUAUUUUGGUUCUGAUGCUACGCCAAUGUAUCACAUUCUUGCGAACGCAUAGCUUCAAUUCUAUAUUGCCCUUAGAUCAUCACAUAUAUCUUCAUAAAAUGACGGGAAUAUUAAUCGGAAUCUUCAGCAUUAUACACACUUUAGCUCAUAUUAUUUACUGCGGUACGGUAAUGAUAAAGGAUGAGAAAAUAAAUAGCGGAAAUUAUAGCAUGUCUGAAUGGUUAUUGACGACUCGACCUGGACGUUUCGGUCUAGUGGCAGGCACUGCUUAUCCAACUGGGGUAGUUUUGCUUAUUAUACUCACCAUUAUGAUUGUUUGUUCUAUGCCAUUUGUACGACGUGGAGGUUGCUUUGAGGUAUUUUAUUGGUCUCAUCUGCUAUACAUACCAUUCUGGAUUCUAAUGAUAUUUCAUGGUCCUAAUUUUUGGAAGUGGUUUGUCGGCCCGGGGGUUAUAUACAUGUUCGAAAAGAUUCGUCGAUGGACAUGGUUACGUUCUAAGAGCGGAAAGACGUAUAUAAGUUCCGGUCUUCUUUUACCUUCGAAGGUGACUCACUUGGUCAUCAAGAGACCACCCCACUUUCACUUUCAUCCCGGCGAUUAUGUGUUUGUUAAUAUUCCGAUAAUAGCAAAAUACGAAUGGCAUCCUUUUACCAUUAGCAGUGCUCCCGAACAAGAAGAUUACAUGUGGCUGCACAUUCGUGCGGUCGGUGAAUGGACCAAUAGCUUGUACUCAUAUUUUGAAAGAGAACAAAUGAAACUUCACCAUAGUGAUAUUUUGCCUGUCGAAAACUGUGACGCUAUGAGUAUUCCCCGAAAGAAACCAUUCCUUAGUGGUAGAAAGACACCACUUAUCAUGACACAAAAAGGUUCAAUGGAAUCUAUAUCUGCUCAUGGUCUAGGCAAUCCUUCCUUCGUAUCUGAUUUAUCGAGCCCCAUGCCACCUGCACAUACAUCUAUUAAUAAUCAAUCUGCAUAUUUAAAAACUGCAGAACAUACGUUGGAAUCAAAUAAAAUAUGGUCAGAAAUGUCUACAAAAAAAGACAGGAGACUCCAUCAGUUACUUCUUGGUCAUAAAAUACCACUCGAAAAAUCACACUCGAUGCCUGAUAUGCAAACGAAAAGCAAGAAGAAAGAGCGACUUAGAGCACUUCGAGAUUACGCGAGAUCGGAAUCCGAGAGGAGUUUUGAUGAGUGUCAGCUGAGACGAGCGCGAUUGAAAUCAUUGGGUUUAGCUUACUUGAGCCCACAGAACAAGUCGUUGGCCCAAAGUUUUCGUUUCAUGCGAACGAAACCGACCAUCAUCGCUUUCAAAACACCGAGUCUUGAAACAUAUGAUUAUGAGAUCAGUGCAUCGUCGAACAUUGUAACAAAUGUGAAUAUAGGGGGAGAUGAAACGAUGCAGAUUACACCAGUAGCGAUGCAAAUUGCGGCGGAGGAAGGAAGAGUGAGACAAGCAUCUAGUGAUAUUACAGAUAGUUCAGAAAGUCUAGAUUUGAAAUCCGAAUGUUCUUCUCAUCAACUUAUAACUUAUCCUGUAGGAAAACCAUUGGAAAUUUUUUUAGAUGGUCCUUAUGGAGCACCAUCAAGCCACAUUUUCCGAGCGCAGCAUGCUGUUCUAAUCGGCACAGGAAUCGGAGUUACACCCUUCGCCUCUAUACUUCAAUCGAUUAUGCAUCGAUAUUGGAAAGCGAGACAUACAUGUCCGAAAUGCUCAUUCUCUUGGUCCAGUGAGAUCCCACCUACUGUAAUGAAUUUACGAAAGGUGGACUUUUUCUGGAUUAAUCGCGAUCAACGUUCGUUCGAAUGGUUUGUAAACUUGCUGUCUCAACUCGAGAUGGAACAAGCUGAAUUAGGUAUCACCAUGGAACGCUUUUUGGAGAUGCAUAUGUAUAUCACAAGUGCAUUACAAAAAAAUGACAUGAAAGCAGUCGGCUUACAACUGGCGAUGGAUCUGUUACAUGAAAAGGAAAAGCGAGAUCUCAUCACAGGUUUGAAAACCAGAACAAACGCAGGUCGUCCUAAUUGGGACAAGGUAUUCAAGCAGCUCCAGGAUAAGAAGAAAGGAAAAAUUACAGUUUUUUAUUGUGGACCACCACAACUUGCUAGGAUCCUUCGAUAUAAAUGCGAUCAGUUUGGGUUUUGCUUUAAAAAGGAGUCCUUCUAAUAUCAAACAGAAACGAAUUUGAUAAUUACUGUGUUAAAAACCGCAUAAAGCAUCUUAACAUAACAAUUCGCAACUUGUCGUACAUAUAUUUCUGUAUUAUUUUUUUGCGAAUUAUAGAUAUAAUAAUUGUCCUU